UAUAUUUACCCUGCAGGCCUCCCCGCGCUCCCUCUGUGACACAUACUCGACAUAAAGGAGGCGGCUGACAGACGACCAGCAGGAUGGAGGAGGAGGCUCCGUCCCGGCGCUCUGUGGCUGAACUUGCAGGAAGAUUCAAAGACUCGGCUCGUCCACAUGAUGCUGCAGGAAAUGAAGCGGAGAAGCUGGUCAGACGACGACCUCCUCGCUCUUUACACAUCCCCAAACCCCACGGAGACGAUCAGGAGCAGCCUCAAGAUGUCACCUCUCCUCAACCUGCCAAAGCCAAGAGGAACUCUGCUCUGAUCGAGAAGCUACAGGCCAACCUGGCUCUGUCUCCCUCGGCCCUGCAGCCCUCUCCAAAGAGCCCCGGCUUCAGGCUGCUGCCGCCCGCCUUCACCCCGCCUUCCCCCGCCUCCGCCCCGGUUACCGCAGAUACCACCUCAUCCACCGCCACCCCCUCCAGCCCUGUCGCCGCCGUCCCUCCGUUCACUGAGGAGGAAGGCCCCGUCUCCUUUGAAGCCCCUCCCACCGUGGCAGAGGGAUCCAUCUUGUCAAACGACAACAUCAAGGGCAGAGCUCGCCACUCCAUCCGGCGACGCCCUCCUUCCCGCCGCCACAGGAAGUCCAGCAGUGGAGAAGACGCCGGCGUCGCCAUCGAGGGAGGGGACAUGUCUCUGAGCUCUCCGACCGAACCAGAAGACAAAACAACGGGAGGAGGAGGAGGAGGAGGAGAGAAGGAGGACGACACAGGUACUUCAGCAGGUUCUGAGAAAAAUGAAUCCCACGAAGAAGGUGAGCCAAAGAUCAGCGCUGAGCCCGGAGGAGAAGAAGAGAAGAAGAAGGAGGAGAAGGAGGAGGAGGAGGGAUCAACGGGAGGAGGGGAAGGAGACGGAUCUUCAUCAGGAGGAAAGGAGGAGGAGGAGGAGCAGGAGGAAGGUCAGGAUAAAAACUCUGCAGACAAACAGAAAGAAGAGUCAGCUGAGGAAGCAACAAACAAAGACAGCAAAGAAGAAGAAGAAGACAAGAAAGAGGAGGAGACGAGUCAGAGUUCGGGCUGACGAAAAACCAGAUGUCCGUUUGAGUUGGACCACUGCAGCCAUGAUGAGCCCCUGGGGGGCUGGAAAGGAGACCCUGCAGCUGGGAGGCCUGACGGAAAAGGCCUGUCUGAGAGUCUGGACACCAUGCAGACGAAUAUUCAUGAGACUCUGUCACCACAGUUUCUUUUACCUCCGAUAUGGUGAUGACGACGCGAGGAAGCUGACUAACUUUUUUCUCUCGAGUUUGUAGCUGAUGUAAUUUGGACUUUAACUGAAGGUCCAGCUUUAAUUCAGCACGAAGGACGAGAAAACUCCCGACAACGAUUGAUGUGAAUCUGUUUUUACUAAUCCUCGACUCAAAGCCUUUUUACACUGCAGCGCUGCAUUUGUAUCUUUUUAUAAAAUGUGAUUUUGUUGUUUUCAUUAUUAUGUUUUCUUGAUGUUCGGUGCCUCCAGAGCUGUGACUGAUGAUGAUGAUGAUGAUGAUGAUGAUGACGACAACGAGUGAUUUGGUGUCUGUGCGUUUAUUGUGAGUUGUGCAACAAAAUGCAAAGUGUCAAAAUAAGAUCCAUGUUUGUGUUGAAAUCAUUUGUGUGUGAAGAGGAAAAACCUGAAUCCUUAAUCCAAACAUUCAUGAAAUACUACUUUACCAACCACAGUAUUUUAACUGUUUCAAAACUGUACAAAGACGCAGCAGCUACAGAAAUUCUAAAUUCUGUUGUAAAGUCUUUAAACCUGGGACGUCACAUUGUGCCUUUAAGUUUGAAACUGAUAUUAAAAUGCAUAUUUUGGCUACA